AUGAACAACAACAACAACAACUCUAAGAACAACAACAACAACAACCGUUCGUCCAAACGAAAACGUACCCCCCACCGCGCCCCCUCCGCCCGCGCCCCCUUCAUGACGCGGAGCAAACCCAACCCCAACCCGGUGAUGACCGCCGCUCCCAGCCUGCAAGCCAGCCGCACCGAGAUCGCGCUGAUGGCGCUGGCGACCGUGCUCGUCGUCGCGCUCUUCCUGGUCGCCCUCCUCGUCGUGGUGAAGCACCGGCGCCGGAGGACUUGCAAGGGGGUCCGGCGGGGGGCGGCGGCAGCGUGGGACUCGCAUCAUCCUUGUGGCGGCGGGCGGGAGAGUUCGGUGGUGGUGGAGGGUGAUGAGAAGGUGCAACCGGUGACGGUGCUGGGAGAUGGGGAUGCGGAUGCGGACGAGGGGGAAGGGCGGGCUUUGCUUGGUUUGGAUUCCUACCACAUGGUUUGUCCCGCGCUGCGUGCGGUGGCUGGGUGUUGUGAUCAGGGGGUUGGGGCCCGGGCUGGGGUCGGGUUUGGUGGUGGUCGUCCUGAGCGCGGAGACGGUAGUGGUGCAUGCUCGGAGGGCAAGGGGAAGCCAAGUUCGGCUUGGGCGACGCUGAGCAAGACCGGAGAGUCGGCUGUUCUCGCGGUGCAGCUUGGAUUGAUGCGCUUGGGGAAGGGGCUCUCGACUGCGUCAGCGGGACAGAGAGCGAGGGCGGCGCAUCCGGCGGGCGAUGUGGAAGUCGGGUUUGAGGGUGACGGGGACUGGAUCGGAGGACAGAAGGACGGGUGCGACGAGUGGGACCGUGCGGUUCAUACGGGUAGCUUGGGGUGGUCUGCGCGGUAUUCAGACUUGCGGUGUCUGAUACGGAGACGCGGGUCGCUGCGCCAGGCGGCGGGCGGGGAAUGUCUGGUGUGA